CAGAGAAGUGUGGUCGAUCGUUAACGCGUCGCAGCUCAGCCAUUGUGUAAAAAGAACCCACGACGCUCGGAUAGUGGACGCUGAGGACCGGAUUGCCCGGACGCGUAGUUAAUCUAACAAAUUUUAUCUUGUGAUAUAUAAUAGACUGUGCCAACGUAGUCCAUCCUGACUUUCAUCGAUCCAACGCUGAAACAAAAGAACGACGAAAUGGAGGAUGAUCAACAGUUCUGCCUUAGGUGGAACAAUCACCAAACCACGCUCAUCCAAAACUUCGACACAUUGCUAGAGAGCGGCACACUGGUUGACUGCACCUUGGCAGCGGAGGGGAAGUAUCUAAAGGCCCACAAAGUAGUCCUCUCCGCGUGUAGUCCGUACUUUGAGGGCCUCCUCAGCGAGCACUAUGACAAGCACCCCGUCUUUAUACUUAAAGACGUUAAAUUUAAAGAACUUAAGGCCAUGAUGGACUACAUGUACAGAGGGGAAGUAAAUAUUUCCCAAGACCAAUUGGCAGCACUUUUAAAGGCGGCUGAGUCCCUCCAAAUUAAGGGCCUUUCGGAGAGUAAAACGGGAGGUAGUGGUAGUACUAGUAAUAAAACAGAUUCAAGGCAACAAAAAGUUCCACAACCGACUGCACCAUCGUUGGACAUUCCACAUGCGUCUUCCGGCCUCACAAUAGAAAAAAAUAAAGUUCCUAGACAAAGUUUGGCACAAACAUCAGUAGGAGAUUUGCCUGAAGAUUCAGCAAGUCCACAAUUACCUAAAGGAAUUUCCUCCAGGGAAGGAUCACAAAGUCCAACAGCCAGAAAAAGAAAAAGGCUCAGAAGAAGAAGUCUUGGUGAUGAUAAUCCUAUAGAAAACCAUGAAACCUCAAACUCGAGCGAUAUGCCUCAUCAACAAAUGAGUGUGCCUGCUCUUGGUGUAGCACCCGUAGCUGACGAAAAAUCCCAUGCUGACCCAACGGAUUCUCUCGGAAGGUCGGCACUUAUGCAACAAUUGACAAAACCUGCCGACGAAAUGUUACAGAUGCCAGUUGAAAAACCUGAGCCUAAUGAUAGCCUGAUUGAGCCAAAGUCUGAGUACCUGGAGGAUCCUGAGGAGAGCGUAGAAGACUUAACGCUUGAUGAUGAUAUGAAUGACCUCAAUGAAAUGGAACAAGAUAACAACAGAGCCGGUCCCUCACACGAUCCCUCUCAACAUCCUGGUCUCGCAGCGUGGCAUGUAACAGGAGAUAGAAGUAAUGCAGGCGGAGUAGUUAGUUCGGUAGCCGGAGCUCCGGGGGCAACUGAUGAAGUGUUUUUAGCUGCCCAGGAGGCCGCGCAGGCCCACCGCGACUCUCAAGCUGAGGACCUAAGCAUCACAGGACUCAAGUGGGCAGCAGCCUGGCAACGUUGGAGUGUUCCAUCAAUUAUGUGGCGAUCAGGUGGAGGUCUUGGCAAAGGUUUCAGUGGAAGUACAACCGGGAAUCCAGAGGGAUUCAAUUGUCCAGCUUGUGGACGUGUCUAUAAAUUGAAGAGCAGCUUACGUAACCAUCAAAAGUGGGAGUGUGGCAAGGAGCCACAGUUCCAAUGUCCGCAUUGUGUCUAUCGUGCAAAGCAGAAGAUGCAUAUUGCCCGUCAUAUGGAGCGAAUGCACAAAGAGAAGAUCUUCAAACAGGAGCUUGUCUAGAGCAUAAGCCGGAGGACAAAGCCGGUGGCUGGUCUUCCGGUUCCUCGCAACACUCCGAGUCGUCAUCAUUGUGGAAUCAAAACAAGAAAAGAAGAGGAGAAGGAGCAAAAAUAAAGGGAAGUGAUAGGUUUAAAAACAAACACAUACAAGAUAAUUAAAAUAUCGAGAGAAACAAAUCGUAUUAAAGCGAGAAAGAAAAUACGCAAUUGAUAAGCUUGCUGACUCGUCCUUCAAGAUCGAUAUUAAAAUAUGAAAAAAUGAGCCUGCGAUAUUUAGCAUCAAACAAAAUAAGGAGGAUGAGAGCAUGGCUAAAACAAAAGACGUCAAGUUAGUUUUUUUAAUUAAUAAUUAUAGUUAAAUAUUUCGAUCGUCGAUCGUAAGAGAAAAUGAUGAGGUCCAAGAGUGCGAGAGGUAAAACGUCGCUGGUGUACGACGCUGAUUAGCAGGUCGUCUCGAUUUUUUUAUAGAUAUUAAACAAUAUACAACAAAACAUUCGAGUCUUAUUUCCGUUAAUUUUAAUUAUUUCGCGAGAUGUACCGUUUACAAAUAAGAGACUAAACGAGUCUAGCUUUCAUCUUGAAGCUACCUUAUUAAUUAUUCUUUUCGAAACGUACUAAAUAAGCUUUAAAAGAAUUAGAUAACUCAGAUGCUGAUCAGCACUGAAAUAAAAUUAUAUUAUUUCUCAACUUUUUUUCUUCUUAAAGUGAUAUAAAGAGAAUAUAAUACUAAUUAUUUGAAUCAGAAAGUAUUCGAUAUAAUCGAGAUAAAUAUUUUAUUGAAAUUGACGUGAUACAGUAAGGAUAAGAUUUAAAAAUACUCACGGCCUUAAAGGAGUUCUAAGAACUUUUGAGGCCGAUUUUUAAAAAGGAGAAAAAAGUUGAGAAAAUAUUUAAUACUAGUAUAUGACAAAGGGCAGCUUCAAGUGAGACCAAGACCGUCCGGAGCUCUUCCAUAGCAACCAUUCUGGUCACACUGGUUCCAUAUUUUAACGGAUAGACCGUGCACGUGUAGCUUAUUCGGGCUGUUUAAGAAGAUCAAACAAGUUUCGAGUAAAGCUAAACUCAAGUCAAGUAAAAAAUAAUCGACCUGGUUUACAAAGUGAUCAAAACUAUCGUGAUUGAAGCAGGUUUUCAUGCUCACAUAAUAAUACAGUCCAUUCCGUCUUUCCAUUGAUUCAUUUCACAUCGCCAUGUAAUAUUUCUUCCCAUAAAUAUUCUUAGUCACAUCA